AUGAGCGGAGCUGCGGGCUGCCAGAGGCGGGGCGGCGGCGACCGGGGGCCCCGCUGGAGGAGGCCGUGGAAGCUCCUGGCCCUUGGCCUGCUCUCCGCCUCCUCCGUGCUGGCGGCCGCUCCGGGCGCCGGGGCCAUGAGCAAGGAGGAGAAGCGCCGGUUGGGAAACCAAGUGCUUGAAAUGUUUGAUCAUGCAUAUAGCAAUUAUAUGGAGCAUGCAUAUCCAGCUGAUGAACUCAUGCCUUUAACUUGUCGUGGACGAGUACGGGGUCAGGAACCAAGUCGAGGGGAUGUGGAUGAUGCCUUGGGAAAAUUUUCACUGACCUUGAUUGAUACCUUGGACACUCUUGUGGUGUUAAAUAAAACCAAAGAGUUUGAAGAGGCUGUAAAAAAAGUAAUAAAGGAUGUUAAUUUAGAUAACGACAUAGUUGUGUCUGUCUUUGAAACCAACAUAAGAGUCCUUGGGGGUCUCCUAGGUGGGCAUUCAGUGGCAAUUAUGCUGAAAGAAAAAGGUGAAUACAUGCAGUGGUACAAUGGUGAACUUCUGCACAUGGCAAAGGAACUAGGCUACAAGCUUUUACCUGCUUUUAACACCACUAGUGGUCUCCCUUAUCCAAGAGUUAACUUAAAAUUUGGUGUAAGACAUCCAGAAGCACGAACAGGAACAGAAACUGAUACCUGUACAGCUUGUGCAGGUACCUUGAUCCUUGAGUUUGCAGCGUUAAGCCGAUUCACAGGAACAUCUAUAUUUGAGGAAUAUGCACGGAAAGCGCUUGAUUUUAUUUGGGAAAAGAGACAGCGCAGCAGCAAUUUAGUGGGCGUUACUAUUAAUAUUCAUACUGGAGACUGGGUCCGCAAAGAUAGUGGAGUUGGAGCAGGAAUUGAUUCAUAUUAUGAAUAUUUAUUAAAAGCCUAUGUCUUGCUGGGAGAUGACAGUUUCCUGGAAAGAUUUAAUACGCACUACGAUGCCAUAAUGAGAUACAUUAGCCAACCACCUCUUCUUCUUGAUGUUCAUAUUCAUAAACCAAUGCUAAAUGCUAGGACCUGGAUGGACUCUUUGCUAGCUUUCUUCCCUGGGUUGCAGGUGUUGAAGGGCGAUAUUAGACCUGCUAUUGAAACUCAUGAGAUGCUGUAUCAGGUUAUAAAAAAGCAUAACUUUCUUCCGGAGGCGUUCACAACAGACUUCAGAGUUCACUGGGCUCAGCAUCCUCUAAGGCCUGAAUUUGCCGAAAGCACUUACUUCUUGUAUAAGGCUACAGGGGACCCUUACUAUCUAGAAGUAGGAAAAACACUCAUUGAAAACUUGAACAAGUAUGCAAGAGUACCUUGUGGGUUUGCUGCAAUGAAGGAUGUUCGUACAGGAAGUCAUGAAGACAGAAUGGACUCUUUCUUUCUGGCCGAGAUGUUUAAAUAUCUUUACUUGCUGUUUGCUGAUAAGGAAGACAUGAUUUUCGACAUUGAAGAUUAUAUCUUCACUACAGAAGCUCAUCUAUUACCACUUUGGCUUUCCACUACAAACCAAACCAUCUCUAAAAAAAACACAACUACAGAAUACACAGAGCUGGAUGACAGCAACUUCGACUGGACCUGUCCGAACACCCAGAUUCUUUUCCCAAAUGAUCCUAUGUUUGCUCAGAGUAUUCGUGAACCUUUGAAAAAUGUGGUGGAUAAGAGCUGUCCUAGGGGUAUUUCCAGAGCAGAAGAGAGUUUGGGAAGUGGACCAAAACCACCGUUGAGAGCCAGAGAUUUCAUGGCCAGUAAUCCUGAACACUUGGAGAUACUGAAGAAGAUGGGAGUCAGUUUGAUUCAUCUGAAAGAUGGAAGAGUACAAUUAGUCCAGCAUGCAGUGCAAGCAGCAAGUUCACUUGAUGCUGAAGAUGGUUUGCGGUUCAUGCAGGAAAUGAUUGAACUCUCCAGUCAGCAACAGAAAGAGCAACAGCUACCUCCCCGUGCUGUUCAAAUUGUUUCACAUCCAUUUUUUGGCAGGGUGGUCUUGACUGCUGGACCAGCACAAUUUGGGAUGGACUUAUCCAAACACAAAGCAGGGACAAGAGGAUUUGUUGCGACCAUUAAGCCAUAUAAUGGAUGCUCAGAGAUCACUAAUCCUGAGGCAGUGAAAGAGAAAAUUGCUCUGAUGCAAAGAGGCCAGUGUAUGUUUGCUGAAAAGGCACGAAACAUUCAAAAAGCUGGAGCAAUAGGAGGCAUUGUUAUUGAUGACAAUGAGGGAAGCAGCAGUGACACAGCUCCUCUCUUCCAAAUGGCCGGUGAUGGAAAGAAUACAGAUGAUAUCACAAUCCCCAUGCUUUUCCUCUUCAACAAGGAAGGAAACAUUAUACUGGAUGCAAUCCGGGAGUAUGAGGCUGUGGAGGUGCUCCUUUCUGAUAAAGCAAAAGACAGAGCAACAAUCUUUAAAGGUAAAAUGAUUCCAAACUACAUUAUUGAUAGCAACUUGGAAAUGGAGAAUAUGGACCAGAAAUUAUCUGAAAACGAUUCACAUAAACAGAAUUCAGAAGAAGCUACUUCAGCAUCUCAGGAUGUUGGUGCGGUCAGUGAGGAGCCUGAGGAAGGAGAAAACUCUGAUGUUACUGACCCUGAUUCUUUAUCUCCUGCUCACGCAGACAGUGACAGCGUUUCCAUUUCAAAUCAGGAUUCCUACGUCCCUGGAACCGAUGAGGCUAGUGCUCCGGAGCCAGCAUGUACGCAAGGGGAUCACCAGCCUCAGGAACAAAAGACCGAGACAGAGUCAAAUUCCAAAGUUAACUGGGAUAAUAAAGUCCAACCUAUGGAAUCCAUAUUAGCAGACUGGAAUGAAGAUAUAGAAGCAUUUGAAAUGAUGGAAAAGGAUGAGCUAUGACUUGUAAUAAUAACUUAUUUGUUAGUUAAACAAAUGGAGAACUCUUUGGGUAGAAGUGAGGCCCUGAUAUCUGAGAACCAGAAAAUAUAUUCAGUAUUGUGAUGAGCAACCAGGUUUCACCUGGGAAUUACCAUAGAAAUCCAGCACGCGUUCUGUGUAUUGUUUUAAUUUUCCCUGUUUAAAAAUGGGAACGUGCAAUUGAAGCAUUUGUCUGGCUCCACUGCACGGUGCUGUAACCCAGGAGGCUCUUCAGGGAACGAGCCCGACUUCUGCGUUCCAGGCUCCGAGAGGUCACACUCCCUUGGUGUCUGGAAAGCAAAAGUUAAAGGCAGUGGGGUUAACAUACCACGUAACGGUUAUCGAUGAGAGCACUGGAAGGCAGUAGGUCAGCCACUGUUCUGGUUGGAGCGAAGGUGCGGUUUCACUGAUCUCUACUGAGUUGAAAGCCUUCAUUGAUAGCAGCGGGUGAAAUGGUGUUUCCAGUUGUCGUGUCUUUAAGACACAGCUAGAAACAGUUUUAUUUUGUCCUGACAUAUCAUGCUGAGACAUAGUAGUGUUGCUUAUCACUCCUUCCGUCUGUUACCAUGAAGAACAACCACAAUGACAUGCGAGUUUUCCCUUCUGCUCUGCUUUCAAGUAGAGAAACUGUAUAAACCAAAAGCAACGUGUACUUUGUAAGCAGGUUCCAUCAGGGAAACUAAGACAGCCUUGCUUGUUUGGGGUCUACCAGAUGAAGGUUCACAGUGUGUUAUGAAAGUUGUGCUCGAGCUUAAGGUAAAGUGGCCAAGGUAGACGCUGAGUUACAGGUAUUUCCUUUGGCCUUCCGGGUUGAAAAACUCAAUCUACCCUGUGAUACGGAAUUUAAACUGGCAAUAUUCUCUGAAAGGACACUAAACAGAACUAGAUCAGCUAUAACAAAAUCUUCCUUUUUCUACAAAUUUGACUUCUAACAGCUUGACUUUGUUGUCGUUCUUUUUAUAUGCAACUUCUAUACGUGUGAUACUUAAGGCAAUGAGGCCAGUAGCGGUAGUGAAGUGCAACAACUUUGGCUGUUGGGUCCCUAGCUCAAAGUAGAGUGGCGUGAACUGCGAGGAUGACUGGUAUGUUACUCUGGGCUUCCGGAGUUUGUUACAGGUAAGUGUGAGUCCUAAUCUGUUAUCCCUAUUACGAAAAACAUUAUGUAAAUAAAAAUGGGGAUGUUUAAACAACCGAGAGAUGUUUUGACUGUGUCCAAAGAAACUGCCAAAAAGGAAUUAACUUGAUUUAUAUAAACUGCUUUUAGUGAAUUAUGGUUCAAAGAAUUGUUUUAUAUUAAAGAGUAAGUUAACACUGCCUAUAUGCUGCACCAGGCUAAAAAUGAAGGUUUAUAUUCAUCUUUACAAUGGAAAAAAAAAAAAAGCCCCAAUCUGAGUUGCACCUUUCAUUUAGCUGGUGAAAUGACGCGCGCUGAAUAUGCAACUGUUAAUUAGUACAGCCAUACUGUAUUUAUUUAUGUAUACUCCUGUACAGUAUGAAUGGAGAAAUCCCGGGCAAAUGUUGUAUACAUGUAUACUUAAUGACACUUGCUUUCAAGAGUAUCAAAAUGCACGGGCACCUUUUGAGAGCAUCACGGUCAAUCAGAAUAUUAUCCAUAAACUGAAUGAUAACUUUAAAUCACUAGAGUAGGCGGUAAUUUCAAGGAGGAAAUGAAGCGGUAGCAGAAUAGUGAAUAAGUGUCCUUUUGAAUAAAUCAGCUUUUAAAUGUAGUUAUAAUUCCUUUGCACAAAUAACUGUAUGGAGGUUUGGACUGAAUGAGUAGGGCUUGAAGCAGCUGGGUCUUUCAGUCGAGAAUUUUUUUUAUUUAUGUUUUUUGUUACAUGGGUUUCUUCAUGUAAGGAAUUUGAUCAUGGGAGCCUUUUAAUUGUCCCUCGUUACUUAGAGCCCCAGUCCGCACCCAAGGGACGCUGCGCUCCCUUGGUAGUACCUGGGCUCGAAGCGACGUGGCCAAGUGCAGUCAGCUCCAGGAUCAAAACCAUCAGGUGCAGAUCAAAAGUUGUCACUCUGAUAAUUCCUUUGAUCUGCCAGUGCUUAGUGCCACAAAAAGAGCAUUUUUGUUCCCGUGCUCUUCAACAUGGAGUUACAUCUUCAUCCUUGUUAGCUCUUUUGGUGGAAAUAGAAUUAUUUUUAUAGCUAUAGAGGCCCUCUGGUCAUUAGGUUAAGACAGUCAAUAUAGCGACUACAGGUUUUCCUUCACUUGCAGAAAAUUUAGGUGUAGAUGUAAAAUUUUAUUAAAAGAUUAACUUUCCUUGCCACCACCAGCUCAUUUUUAUUUAACUGCUUUUUCCACAUCUAUUGCUAAAGCAGCAGACGUU